CUGUGGUGGAAGACUAUGGAGUGUGCGUGUAUGUACGUGCAAAUGAAUUUUUCUGUUUGUUUGAUAUCCUUUGUGCAGAUCCGUCGAAGGCGCCUUGCCCGGCUGGCAGGUGGACCAUCGUCCCAGCCCAGCACACCGCUCACAUCGCCGCAGAGAGAGACCCCACCUGGGCCACCUGCAGCAGCUCCGACCCCGGGGCCAUCCCAUAGCCUCGGCCUCAAUGUCCACAGCAUGACCCCAGCUACCUCGCCCAUUGGUGCAUCAGGAGUAGCCCACCGAAGCCAGAGCAGCGAAGGAGUGAGUUCUCUCAGCAGUUCUCCAUCAAACAGCCUUGAAACACAAUCUCAGUCUCUCUCUCGGUCUCAGAGUAUGGAUAUUGAUAGUGUCUCCUGUGAAAAAAGUAUGUCCCAGGUAGAUGUGGAUUCGGGAAUUGAGAACAUGGAAGUGGAUGAGAAUGAUCGCAGGGAGAAAAGAAGUCUGACUGAUAAGGAACCUCUGUCUGGGUCUGAGGUAUCCGAGGAGCAAGCUUUACAGCUGGUCUGUAAAAUCUUCAGAGUCUCUUGGAAGGACCGAGACAGAGAUGUUAUCUUCCUGAAUUCUCUCUCUGCUCAGUUUAAGCAGAACCCAAAAGAAGUGUUUUCGGAUUUUAAGGACUUGAUCGGACAGAUCUUGAUGGAAGUGCUGAUGAUGUCUACCCAGUCAAGGGAUGAAAACCCAUUUGCCAGUCUGACAGCUACAUCACAGCCAAUUGCUGCAACUGCCCGGUCUCCUGACAGAAGCCUGAUUUUAAACACGGGCUCCAACCCAGGAACCAGCCCUAUGUUCUGUAAUGUGGGCUCCUUUGGUUCCAGUUCAUUAUCCAGUCUCUAUGGGACUAGUCCAGCUCCUACUACCAAUUUCACAAGCUAUGUACCAAUGACUGGUUCAUCUCUUACCCCACCAGCCAGUUCAGUUGCCAACACAUCUGUGCCUUCCAUUACUGUCAGCUCUCACCUCACAGCAACCAGCCCUUCUUGGACCCAGCCUUCCUCUCCGAGGUACCGGCCAUAUACUGUUGCCCAUUCUGGAGGCUUUUCAGCUUCUUCUACCCCACGUUCCUUGAAUAUUUCCAUCCCAACUAGUUCAAGUCCUCCAGUCAUGGCUGCUAGCCCUCCAGCCAUGCUGCUCACUGCACCCAGACAGAGACCCACGACCAUGGGUCCGCCUUUGUUUACUGCUUCACCCAGUACCUUGCGCAGGCGUUCAUCUUUACUGAACAGGAUUCCUUCUAGUAUAUACGACAACCCUUUCUCCCUCCUCUUCCUUGGCGUUUCUGAUGUGUCUGAGGACAGUAGUGACGAAGAAAAUGAAGAUGAUGAUUUUUCUUGUGUCCAGUUUGGGUCCAGUGUGGGAGGCUCUGGCAGCUCAAGUGUUUGCGAUUCCUGCAGUGACCAUUUCACCAUUGAAAACUGUAAGGAGACAGAGAUGCUGAACUACCUCAUUGAGUGUUUUGACCGGGUUGGAAUAGAGGAGAGAAAAGCACCAAAGAUGUGUAGCCAGCCAACAGUGAGUCAGUUACUGAGCAACAUACGAUCGCAGUGCAUUUCACAUGCUGCUUUGGUGCUCCAGGGAUCCUUAACGCAACCAAGGUCAUUGCAGCAGCAGUCUUUGCUGGUACCAUAUAUGCUGUGUAGGAAUCUCCCAUUUGGCUUCAUCCAAGAAUUGGUGAGAACAACUUACCAAGAUGAAGAGGUGUUCAAACAGAUCUUUAUCCCCAUCCUGCAAGGCCUGGCUAUAGCUUCCAAAGAGUGCUCCCUUGAUAGUGACAAUUUUAAGUAUCCCCUUAUGGCAUUAUGUGAACUUUGCGAAAUCAAGUUUGGAAAAACACACCCCAUGUGCAGUUUGGUUGUCUCUUUGCCCUUGUGGCUGCCUAAAUCUUUAAGCACGGGUGCAGGAAGAGAGCUACAGAGACUUUCCUAUCUUGGAGCCUUCUUCAGUCUCUCUGUCUUUGCUGAAGAUGAUAACAAAGUUGUUGAAAAGUACUUCUCAGGACCUGCCAUCACUCUUGAAAACACCCGAGUUGUUAGCCAGUCCUUGCAGCAUUACCUGGAACUAGCGAGGCAAGAGCUGUUCAAGAUUCUGCAUAGUAUUUUACUGAAUGGUGAAACUCGAGAGGCAGCUCUCAGUUACAUGGCAGCUGUUGUCAACACCAACAUGAAAAAGGCACAAAUGCAGACAGAUGAUCGUUUGGUGUCUACAGAUGGUUUUAUGCUCAACUUCCUAUGGGUACUGCAGCAACUAAGUAUGAAGAUCAAGCUGGAAACGGUUGAUCCCAUGUACAUAUUUCAUCCCAGGUGUCGUAUUGACCUCCCAACAGAUGAGACGAGAGUGAAAGCAACAAUGGAGGAUGUUACAGCCUGGAUUGCUGAGCUUUGCAGGGAUCCGUCUCCAUUUUCUGAUCCAAAAUUCCCAACUGAAUGUUUCUUCUUAACCCUGCACGCCCAUCAUCUCUCCAUCCUGCCAAGCUGCCGUCGGUACAUACGCAGACUGCGAGCCAUCAGGGAACUCAACAGGACUGUUGAAGAUCUGAAAAACAAUGAAAGUCAAUGGAAGGAUUCUCCUCUGGCUACCAGACACAGGGAGAUGCUAAAACGUUGCAAGACGCAGCUUAAGAAACUGGUGAGGUGCAAGGCUUGUGCAGAUGCUGGUUUGCUGGAUGAGAACUUUCUCAGGAGAUGUCUGAAUUUCUAUGGCAUGGUGAUCCAACUGAUGCUUCGCAUCCUCGAUCCCGCCUAUCCCAACAUAAAAUUGCCUUUAACGCUUGAAGUUCCGAAAGUAUUUGCAGCAUUGCCAGAGUUUUACGUGGAAGAUGUUGCUGAAUUUUUAUUUUUUAUUGUACAGUGAGUAAAAGUUAUUUCUAAAGAAAGUCUGUUCUACCCUUUACCCGUGGCAGGGAGUGUCCACACAAAUAACUUAGGGUGUGAAUGUAGUUUGCUAGCUAUUUUGUAGUUGUCAUGCUGUUUAAUAACUUCUAAGAUUAUGGUGUUGGCAGGAAUUAUUGCAGAUAUAAUGCCUAGUUGACCUCCUUUUAACCUAAAUUAUUCCAUGAUAUUGAUCUGCCUUCUCAGGUAAGCAAGCUCAGAAGUUUUCUCUUUCAGUUUUGCCCUGAAGAAUUUUCUUAAUGAUUUUGAUCUUAAGACCAUUUAAUUUUAUGAUAGGGUUAAUUGUUGCUAACCUCGCAAUCCCAGCCUGGUCAACAACAUUAAUUAUCACUAGAUUAAUU